ACACGACGGACGCAUGUGUGAGUGAGGAGCAGUGUGCGUUUGCUGUCAGUCUUGUGGUGGAGCCCUCUCAGCAUGUCCAAUAACAUGGCUAAGAUCGCAGACGCCCGUAAGACAGUUGAACAACUGAAACUGGAGGUCAAUAUUGAGAGAAUGAUGAUAUCCAAAGCGGCGGCUGAGCUGAUGGCGUACUGCGAGGGCAACGCUAAGGACGACCCCCUGGUCAACCCCAUGGCCUCGGCCGAAAACCCCUUCAGAGAGAAGAAGCUCUUCUGUGCCAUCCUCUAG